UCUCCCUCUUCUCGCCGGUAAAGAUGGCCGCCGCCGCCAUCACGGCCACUCUUCAGGCUGCUCCGAUCACAUUUCGCUCUUCAUCUCUACGUAGUAAUUCCAUUAAUCCACUAAAUAUUUCGUUCUCCAGCCGUCUAAGACUCCCGAAACUAACCAUCAAAAUCACAGACAAAUCUCGGCGCGGCGGAGGUUGUACCGGGGCCAAAAUGGCCGAUUCCGUGGCGGGAAGGUAUGCAACUGCUCUAGCGGAGGUUGCGAGCUCGAAUAAAACCCUAGAGGCAACAGCCACAGACGUCGAGAAGGUCGAUAAACUCUUCUCCGAUGAAUCCUUCCUCAACUUCUUCGUCAGUCCUAUUGUAACCCUAGAUCAGAAACGAGAAUUGAUCGACGAUAUAACAGCGUCGGGAAGCCUCCAAUUACACGUCUGUAACUUCCUGAACAUCCUGAUUGAAAGCAAACGGAUCGAUUUGAUUAAAGAGAUAGUGAAGGAAUUCGAGGUUGUUUACAACAAAUUGACGGGGACGGAGCUGGCGAUCGUGACAUCGGUAGUGCACCUGGAGAGACAGCACUUGGCGCAGAUCGCGAAGCAGGUGCAGAAGUUCACCGGAGCCAAAAACGUGAGGAUUAAGACGGCGAUUGAUGAAUCAUUGGUGGCUGGAUUCACGAUCAGAUAUGGAAAUUCUCAAUCGAAGCUGAUUGAUAUGAGUGUGAAGAAGCAAUUGGAAGACAUUGCUGCACAGCUUGAGAUCGAAGAUAUUCCAAUUCGUCUAUGAAUAACAUCUCUGAAAACACAUCAAAAUAUGACGAAAUUCAUCUUGUUUUUAUUCAGUAUAACAAAGAAUUUGUUUUCAGUUGGUUGUAAUAAAGUUUCAAAUACGUCGAUCAUGGCGAUGCAAAUGAAUCAUAUAUAAUUCUUGAAGUUCAUG